AUGUCCGUAAACACAGGCUCCUUAGCGGGGCAACUUAUUCGAAGUGCUAUGGACACUUUAAACAAAGUAGACAGUGAAAGUGAUCGUUUGCAAACUGCUGCAGCUCGCACAACAAGAACAAACGCAGUCGCGGACACCGCAGCUAAUGCCUCAACAGCCCCAUGGCCAACCUCCGCGAGUACCUCAACCACGACCACCAGUUACCGCGCGAGCGGUCCAAGUGGCGUGGGCACUCCCGGUUCUACUACGUCGCAAAAUCCACAAUGGAUGUCCAAGAUGUGAAGUUAUCGUCUUUGAGUGUGGAGGGAGUGUGUAAUGUGUUGUCAAAAAUAGAAGAUUUGAAUCCUUCUAUGGCAAAUCAAUACACAGCUCUAAUCCAAGAGAAUAAUAUAAAUGGGAAAGUUCUGUUACAUUGUGAUUUAGAUGAAUUAAAGAAGGUUACAUUAGAAGAACAAAUGAUAUGUGGAGCUCUGCAAACACUGAAUGAAGAAGCGUGCGAGGAUGUAUUGGAUGAAGCAGAAGUUCAUGGUGAUGCACACCGUGUCAAUCCUGCAGGGGCUCCUACAUCUGAGCCAGGUGAGUUCUCUGUGGUCACCAUAUAUGAGCCACUUCCAUUGGACCAGAGUGGGGAUAUGAAUCUCAGCAGCACAAGCGGCGCAUGGAAUGAAAACACAGUGUUGUGAUGUGUCAACCAGUCGUCUGCCAGUUGCUUCAAGUUCUUAUAAACUCUUCAGAUAGGUCCAUUUGAAUAUCACUGCACAUUGUUGUUGUUGAAAAAAAUGAGCAAUGUUAUUCAAAUGGAACUGUCUAGAGAUCAUACCGAAGACCCAAGACCUCACAAAUAGUAUUGUUUUUAUUUCAAAAGUAUUCUUUUUCACAGUUUAUCAAAUGUUGCCAGAAAACAUGGUUAUUAAUAAGAUAUACAUCUUUCACUUACAUGUUUAAAUGUGGCAUGUUAUGAUCCACUUAACUUUUAAAAGUCUGCAGUAAAACUGAAACUUUCUGUAUAUAUUUAUAUAUCUAUAUAUAUUUAGAUAGGUAGAUACUUAAUAUUCUUUGUCUGGAAUGUACUUAAUGUGGUUCCUUAUGCUUUGGUGGUGUUGGCAAUUUAUUUGUAAAUAGAACACACUAAACAUAAACAUGAAGUUAAAGGGGCCAAGUAUUUUUCAUAAAUUUGGUGUUUUCUGGCAAAUACCAUGAGGAGUGAAAAUUGUCUGAUUUUCCAACUGCGAGUUCAACAUAAUUUCAUUACAAUUCAUGUUGUUUUCUAGAAGCAAGAUGUUUAGGAUUUUCAAUUUUUGUAAUUUUUAUAUUUUGAAUGUUGGAGAAUGUGACAACAAUUUUACAUUAAAUUAAUUUGUCUUUGUACUAUUUAUCUGUUUCACUGCUAAAAAAAAGCAUUCCUAACAAUAUAUUCAAAACUCCAAAACAAUGUUGAAUUAUAAAAAUAUUUCAUAAUAAGUUGUUUUUUUUUUAAAUAUAUUACAUUCCAAUUUUAAUUAGAACAUGUAAAUUGUUUGAUAUUAUUUGGUACAUGCCAGAAUAUGGUAUUGGCUGUUUCUGUAGAAGUUUCAAUUUUUAUUGUAUUGUGCCAUGAGAACCUUUUCUGUAUGGUUUGGCAGUGUGAUUAACUCCACACUAGCUUUUCUGUAAAUUGUUUUCUUGAUUUCUUUAAAAUAAUUUGCAAAUUGCAUGAUUAACUGAAUUGUCUAUCUGAUGUAAAAAGCUUCAUUUCUUUUAGAAUUUUAUAAUUGGCAUGCGGUGUUAUAAUGGCUGAAGAGAUAAGGAAGUGCUUUGUCAAAUGAAAUGGUUUGGAAGAGAUCUGGAAAAUUCCUUUAGUUUGUAUGCUUUACCAAUUUCUGUGUAAAUCAAUCUUUCGUAAGUUUUCUCAGAUUUCAAGUUACUUGCAUAUUUUCUGUGAUUAGAUAAUACUUCAGCUUGUCAGAAUAAGAUUUGUCUCAUUGCCUUUCUGUCAGAGGUUUCUUUUGCUAUUUUAAUUUUUAAUUUAAAAGAAAAUAAUUUGUAUACAGAUUGUUAUAAUCAUUUUUUUUCAUAAAACUUCAGUUCUUUCUGAAGUUCUAAAUGUAACUUCCAAAGAACAGUAUUUAACCUCAUCUUAUUUAGUAAUUGAAAGGACAAAUGCAACAAGUGCAGAAGCAUGAAUUAAUAAAGUGUUAAGUUAUUUAAUUGCAUGCGUGUUUGAGUAAUUACUUUGCAUGAAUUGUAAAUAUGGUAUGUAAAUUUUCCAUAAAGUUUCCCAAAAAUAUAAAAAAUGUUUUAUUAGUUGCACUCUAUUAUUUUCCCUACCAACAUACAAAUUUUUUCGUUGUGCUGUGAAACUUAGAAAAAAUAUACAUUGGUUUGGGUUCCUUUUGCAGAAAGUACAUUCCUUUCAAAAAAAAGUUUCCUACUUGUGUAUUGCUCUUAUAUUCUAAACUAUAUUGCAAUAUAUACUAUAUUGCCACUUAAAAUAUCUCAAAUAUGUAAGUAACGUUAAGUAAAUUAGCUAGUUUUACUUAAUGUUUUGUUAUUUUUCAUUGCCCAUUUUUUCAUUGCCAUGUUAUGGCUGGGUCCAAUUUUUGUAACAUUUCCGUUAUUUGAAAUUACAAACAGAUCAACAUGUUACAAAAAUAAUAAUUGUAAUGUCUUAGGUGCAUUUGUGCAUCUUUUUUGUACACAUACCAAUAAGUGUGAAGUCAUAUGAUAGAGACUGUCUUCAGCAAAAUGAAUGUAUAUAUAUUUGUAUUUAAAACCAGAUUUUUGGCUGAUGUUUUAGAUUUGAUUAAGUGGAACCCUCUUGUAAAUUGUUCCUUGUUAAAAAAAUAUAUAUACUUUUUAAAUUUUUGCAGUUUAGAAUCCCUUGUAUCUAUGAUUGAGUCAUGAUAUCUGAAAGAAAAUGAUGGCAGCUGAUGUAAACUGUGAAUUGUAGGAUAAUGUUAUGCAUUUACAUGAGUGUUGUAUUAUUUCGAAUUUAUUUUAAUCACAUUGAAGAUUUAAAUCUUUAUUCUUACGUGUGGUAUGAAGACACAUUGAGGAUUGACUAUAGUUUCAUGAUUGUAUUUAUUUCCUUUUUAAAAAACCUUCAGUUCAUGAAAGGAUUUUAGUAUUUCUGUAAGUAUGAAUUAUUUCUAGAUAAUUGCCUUUUACAAGUUUGUAUUUCAUGUUGGGCAGUUGUGUGUUGAUAAGAAUUAUCAAAAAUCAGUGGUUACCUGCUACUUUCAUAAACGUUGGCAGAAGAAUUGGUACCUCAAGUCAGGUAUUUCUUGCUUUUUUUUCUCUCUGUAGGAAGAAUGCUCAUAAAAUAAAUAUUAUUUUAGCAUUCAGUAAGGUAGAUCAUUGUAGAUUGUAAAAUACUUCUAACAUCUUUGUGUUCUGUUUUCAAAAUUUAGUUUUCUCUCAAUGUGCAGUGAUUGAAUGUUGUGUUGUGUGUAAACAUUAUUCUUAUAGAAACUUAAUUCUAGAUAAGUUAUGCUAUUAAUACAUAGUAGCUGUAAACAAUUAAAAAUUAUUUCCUUUCAUAAUUACAAUAUUUGCAAAUUUAUAUGUUACAAGUAGAAAAAAUAAAAAUGUCCUAAAUUUUUAUGUCCCAGAUUUGGUGUAUUUUUGUAGGUAUUUACAAUAGUUUAUGGCUUUUUUUUUAGAUAAAUUCAAAUUUGUAUCGACAAAUAGAGAUAAUGUGUUAAUGCAUGUUUGUUUUGCUCCCUUGGUUACGCAUGCUGGCAGAAAUGAGAGGUCGUAUUCGAACAACCAGCUGUAACAGCAGUGUUCUAGACACACUGGGUGAGACAGAGGUGGUGCUUCUUCAAUCGUCUCCUCUUCAUCACACAAAACCAGUUACUAUCUGCUUGGGAGGAAGCAGCAGCCGAGAGUCUAAUUUUGACUGCCCAAGUUGUGGUAGUUCAGCGAGUGGAACCCCAGUCCAACAACGCAAGUUAGGUGGAAAGCCACCUCUCCCACCUUCUAAAUUGGAACCAGCUUCUGGCAACAAAGGUUCCCUUCACAAUCUGCUUCAAAGAACCAGUUCUUCACGUAGUGUUAGUGCUUUAGCAACAUUCAGCACUGGUGCAAAAGUUCUGAAACAACGACAGAGACCAUCUUCUCUUCUUGUUCUUGGGGAUGAUCAGAGUCCAGCAUUUGAAAAUUUGACUCCACCUGCAUCACCAAAACACCAUGUUGCAUUCCGUUCACAUUCUGCUGAAGAUAGUGCAGGGAAUGCUGGAAAGGCAGUAUCAUCAACUUCUCUUCUCAGUAGCCUUACCGCUUCUCUUCGUAUUAAGAAAUCAAAUAGUUCUCUUAAUGAUAGUGUCUUAGGACUGUCUACAUCACCAUCAGUUUUAGUGACACCUGCUUCUAGCCUUGAAAAACUGAAUAGAUUGAAAGAUAAAAUUCUGAGAACAGUUGCUUCACCUCUUGGGCACAGCAUUGGCAGUCAAAGCGGAGAAGAUAAAGAUGUAGAGAUUGGUAUUUCUGAAAAUAAUGGAGAUCUGGACAGUGAUGAUGAAAGUACUCCUCUUGUCUCUGAAAUAUCAACUCCUGCUGCUGCAAUGUCAAGCAUUAGUGCAAAUUCUAGCCAUUUUUUGAACAGAGGUUUCUCUGUGGCAGGAGCCUCAGACAGUAAUUCAGGAAGCAGUGACAACUCUCCUUCAUCAAUUAAGUCAACACCAUUGUCUUCUCCACCUCACAAUAGCCCAGGCCCAAAUCCAGUGAGUGCUGUUGAAAAACAGAGUGGUGCUGUUAACAAUGGAAAUCUUGAAGCCAUACCUAAUGGUGUAAUCAGUAAUGACAAUGUUGUGACAGAACAAAAUUAUUCAUCCUCUUGUGGAUCGUCUGUUUCUCUGAGUCAAAUUUUGGAACCCACAAGUAACUACUAUCAUUUGGUUGCAGUGAGUGAGAGUACAAGCAGUGUGGAAAGUGAGGCUGCCAGACUCUCAACUCUUUUAAGUUCUCAGGAAAAAUUAGCCGAUGAUGAUUUAAAGUUAUGUCCUAAGAAAGUGUCCUCUCAUUUAUUAAGACAGGAUGCAUUAGAUAAUCCUAAUGCUAAAAAUGUAACAAAAGGUAAAGAUGAUGACUGGCAAAACCCGGAAACUACCGUGUAGUGAUAUAAACGAGUUGUUAGGAAAAAGGAAUGGUACAUUUGCUAGUUAGGUGCAAAAUUCAUGCUCAGAAUGGACAGUCUAUGUUCUGGGGCAGAAAACGUUGAUUAAGAAUUGCAAUAUUUGAUAUUGUUCUUAGGAAGAUCCUAUGGGUCUCUUUAAUAUUUGCACCAAGUUUAAUGACUUCUUGUUCCUUAGUGAUGGUGUGUGAAAUCAUUGCUAUUAAUAUUUAUUUGUGUCUGUACUAGUAAAUGUUUCUUUUGUAAAAAGUGUACAUAUUAUUUAUAAAUAUAAAUUGUUGUCAAAACUGAUUACUAUUUUUUAUGGACAUAUAGUUCAUGCAAUAUUGGAAAUGUAACAAUAAAUUAGCAUUUUCAUUUACAUCUUUUUACCAAAAAGUUUUGUUUCUCUUCUUUAAAUAACUAAAAUUGAAUUAAUUAUAAUCCAUAGUAAAGUAAUGAAUAUUUUGAUAUAAUAAACCU